AUGUCAUCUUCAGAAAAUAAACAGAUGGGUUGGGCCAUAGCUCUACACGGCGGCGCCGGCGACAUACCCCUUUCACUACCACCGGAGAGACGGCAGCCGCGAGAGGAAGCUCUCCGCCACUGCCUUCAAAUCGGCGUCGAAGCUCUCAAAGCCAAACUGCCUCCUCUCGACGUGGUUGAGCGCGUCGUUCGGGAGUUGGAGAACAUUCCGCAGUUCAACGCGGGGAAGGGAUCGGUGCUGACUUCCAAAGGCAGCGUCGAAAUGGAAGCUUCCAUCAUGGACGGCACCACUAUGAAUUGCGGAGCUGUUUCCGGACUCACUACAGUCGUCAACGCCAUCUCUCUCGCUCGAUUGGUCAUGGAGAAGACGCCUCACAUUUAUCUCGCUUUCGAUGGAGCAGAGGAAUUUGCAAGACAACAAGGCGUUGAGAUUGUCGAUUCAAGCCAUUUUAUUACUGCAGAAAACAUUGAAAGGCUAAAGCAUGCCAAAGAAGCCAAUAGGGUCCAGAUUGACUAUACCCAACCUGUCCAAAACGAUACUAAGAAAGAAACAACAAUUGCUAAUGGUGAUAGUCAAAUUGGAACUGUUGGGUGUGUGGCUGUUGAUGGUAAUGGAAACUUAGCUGCUGCAACGUCCACUGGCGGGUUAGUGAACAAAAUGGUUGGUCGAAUUGGUGACACACCGGUCAUAGGUGCUGGGACCUAUGCUGAUGCACGUUGUGCGGUUUCAGCAACUGGUAAAGGUGAAGCAAUAAUACGUGGGACAGUGGCAAGAGAUGUGGCUGCUCUGAUAGAGUUUAAGGGUCUUACUCUCGAGGAAGCUGCGGCUUGUGUUGUUCAUGAGCGCACGCCAAAAGGCACUGUUGGUUUGAUUGCUGUGUCUGCCAAAGGAGAAGUUGCAAUGCCUUUUAAUACAACAGGCAUGUUCAGAGCGUGUGCUACUGAAGAUGGGUAUUCUGAGAUUGCAAUUUGGCCUGCUGCCAAAAUUGAAUGA